AUGACUUGCCAAAUGGGGUACACGUUAAAUACUAGCUUGAAACAAUGUGAAAAAAAAUCCGUAAUCAAAUUGCCAUAUGAGGAACAGUAUAAAAUACAAAAACAGGGACUAUUAAAAGGUUCUGUUGAUUUAGAUGAAUACAUUCAAACAAAAUUAAAGUGCCCCAUCGGAUACUAUCAGACUAGUUCUUUCGAAUGCGAAUCAUUAGACGUUGUUGAUGUGAAAAAACUUUGCCCACCGGAUUAUUUAUUAAUGUCAAAAACGGAUUGUAUCCAGCGAAAAGUGUUUGAAGCAAGUGCCGCUUGUCCUAUAGGGUUUGAACUUACUGGAAAUGCUUGUUUGUCCACUGUGAUAACCGAGCCGUCGCUUUUAUGUACGAACAAUACAAUUCUUUCUGAUGGUAUGUGUUUAUCUGUAGAAAUAGACACAGCACUUGUAUCUUGCGCCGAAAGAUACGCGUUACAAAAUGAUGGAACAUGUGUGAGUCUGGAAAUAACCUCUCCAAGUGUAGAAUGCGUCGAUGGUUAUUAUUUGACGGAAGAAAAAGGUGAAAAAUUAUGCAUGAAAGUGACACGAGCAGGUAUUUUAGAAGACUGCAAUGAUACAGAAUUAGACAUAGAUGGCUUUUGCAUGAAAAAAGAAUAUGUAGAAGGAAUUACAUCUUGUUCCAAUGAAGAUGAAGUUUACGAAUCAGAUCGUGGAUGUAUACGUAUAAGAGAAAGUAAACCAUUGGUUAUCUGCGAAGAAGGAUAUACUCUUAUAAAUGACAAAUGUCUUAAAAAGUUAUUUGUCGAACAACUUAGUUCUUGCCCAAAUAAUACCCUGCUAGAUUCAAACGGAAAGUGCAGUCGGUUCGAGCGUAUAACAGCUGAGCCUGUUUGCGUGUAUCCUUAUGAAUACAAUCCAGUCCGUAAAGAAUGUGUGAGCAUUAAUUUGCUAUUCGAGUUUGAUCACGAAGCUUAUGUAGAACCUGUAAAAAUAGAAGCUAAAAAAGAUUUACAAGUCAAGGAACCGGAGCAAGAAAUAUUGCCAGUUGAAGAAAUACCUAAAAUGGAAAAACGUGUUAAAGUUCCGGUUGUCAGCACAGCCAUAUCAAUAGGUUUUGAUGAAUAUCUACUAACAGGCAAAAAAGAUCUGGUUGAAGAAAAAGCUAAGUUAAUAGAGAAAGGAGUUGAAGUUCAACCAAUACCGGGUGUUUCUAUUACGAAAAUAAAAGAAAACGAGCCUGAGAAUACCGCGAGCUAA